AUGCCUCCACGCGAGGAAGGCCGGUGGCGGCUGCUGAACCCCCUCAACAUCCGCUUCUCACAGCCUCGGAUCGCCCCGCACUUUCGGGACGGUCACUUGAUCAAGGACACCGUGACAGAGAUCUUGGAAGCUCCGGUGCAGGACCCAGCGUACGCCGGAGUUGGCAGCGAUGAUGCGGCCGAGGGAGUUCCGCACUACGACGCGGUCCUGGUCCCGCCAUUUCCUGCGAUCCGGGUCAUCUCCUGGCUUCCGAAGCUGCGGCGGCCAGACGGCGAGGUCCGCCCCCCUUCGCUUUGUACCUGGUCCAGCCAAGGGCCAAGAAAGUCUCGGCAUGCAGUGUUUCUCGUGUCUCUGGACGUACCCUGCUUCAUUCUUCAUGCCAACUUGCGCCGAGCCAUUCGGCUAAAGUCCUACCGAACCGUCUUAUUUCUGGCCUGGCUUGGUGCCGAAGGCACAAGCAUGGUGCUUGCCCCCUUGCUCGUGUUGUUUGCAUGCCUGGAGCGCGUGGCUAAUGCAGAAGAGCUGCAGCUGCCGCAGCAAGUCUUCGAGAAACAGGCAGAGCCCGCAUUCUUGAGUCUGUCCAACGACGGCGUCGACUCCUGCACGACGGACAACGUCUGCCAGGAGAUCUGCGAGACAGACUUCAUGGUGUACCCGCUGGGGGACAAGUGCUACGAGUACUGCCACGAAGACAUCCACUACAUCUGGGAUGUUUUCGACAAGUACUGUGGAGAAGGCCUCAAUGAUGAGCAUCAUUUCUGCGCAGAUCUCUGCUACGACGGCUUCUACUGCGGGGAUUCUACAUGUGGACCGUGUGAGGACAAAUGUGUGGAAGCGUUUGGGUUGGUCCAUCAGAUCUUCGAUUACUGUGCCGACUGCGAUGACUUUGGCGAUGACUACGACGACGACUACUACAAGACCACAACGACCACGACAACUGCUGACAGGUGUAACGACCUGGAUUGCUGGUGCCAUGACAUCUGCGACAUUGUCAAGUGCCCCCACUGCGAGGAGCUUUGCCACAAGAAUCAGGACAAGGUGUGGCCCAUCUUCGAGCGCUACUGCGAGUGCGGCUUCUGCCACGAGGCAGACAGAGAGGAUGCAGGCUUGUUGCAGUUCCGAGUCCACAGUGCUGCUUCGUCUGAGUCGACGUGCGGCUGCAGAAGUGAGUACCAGUACUGCAUCGACAUCUGCCAUGGCAUUGGUUACGGUAGGGCCUUUUAA